AUGGAGGGCGGGCCUAUCGGUUUGGUGCGCGACGGCGACGAGAUCGUCAUCGAUGCCGAGACACGCCGUUUGGAUGUGAGCGUCGACGAGGCCACGCCGGCGAAACGCCAUGAGGAGUGGAACACCAACAAGCCCAAGCCGCGGUACACGAGGGGCGUGCUGGCCAAGUACGCCAAGCUGGUGGCCGAUGCCAGUCACGGAUGCAUCACGGAUCGUGAGGAGGUUGUGAGCUUGCAUGCUUGA